AUGAAAGGAAUCAAGAGCAGUGGAAAGGUAAUGUAUGCUACAGCGACAUUUCCAUAUCUAGUGACAACGAUAUUCCUUAUUCGUUCUGUCACUUUGGACGGUGCAAUGAAAGGACUAUGGCAUAUGAUAAAUCCUGAUCUCCACAAACUAUACAGUCCUACGGUCUGGCUUGAAGCUGCCACGCAAAUUUUCUACAGCAUGGGCUUGGGAUUUGGAGGUAAAUUGAAAUCAUGCUCUUAA